UGUUAUUUGGGUUUGGGCGGGAAACUGCCGCAUUUAUUUGGGUCCACCGCUUGUAAUUUAUUUACUCUGCCGCCGCGUUUUAGACACUUCACCGGAAAUAGAAAAGCUGAAAUGCUUCGUUUGAAACCAGCCUUCCGCAAGCCACCGCCUCCGCGCCGCUGCUGCACCGACGGCGGCGUUUCGGAUCCUCAUUCCGACAUUCUUAGUAGAGAAUCGAUGAUACACAUUAGAAGUCGGGCUUAUUAUUCCCGGAGGUGUAAAGAGGGGAUGCCAACAAACAUAGAGUCCCUCCCCAAAGAGCUAUUGUUCGAAAUCCUCCUCCGUUUGCCGGCCGAUCAUCUCUACGAGAGAGCGAGGCUCGUGUGCCGGCGGUGGUACCGCAUUAUCCAUUCUCAUGCCUUCAUCAACGAGAAGAUGCACGGUGCUACCUAUGGACUCCUCCUAUCACCCGUAAAGGGUAAUACACUGCCACUUUAUGUAACAGCUGACGCAGAUGGUGGAAUCCUCAAAUCUGAGCUAAAUCACAUCUCCAAAUUGGGAGUUCUUGCUACCUGCAACGGUUUGGUUCUGGAGUUGGACGACAAACGCUUCCCUCGUCUUGCGAAUCCUGCAACGAGGCAGUCAUUCCUCCUCCCACCGUAUCCUAAAGGGCGCAUGUAUUGCCAGUUCCACUGUGGUUUAGCAUGCUCUGCAGCAGGCCCGGCCCUGGGCAUAGGCGAGGGGUGCGACCGCCUAGGGCCCAGGGCAGAAUGGGGCCCCAAUUUUUUUAUUUUUAUUGCUAUUAUUAUAUGAAAAUAAUUUUUUUUAGUUGUACAAUGGGCCUCAAUCAGUAAAAAAUACAUACAAACCCAAAAGCUCCAAUCUUAUUCUAUUAAAAAAAAGGGCCCACAAGCACACAAGCAUAUUCAAUUAAAAGGGCCAUUUUUUCUCAUUUCGCCUAGGGCCCAUGAAAUCUCCGGAACGGGGCUGCUCUGCAGCUUCCUUGGCAUAUAAAGUGAUUGCACCAUCCGCUGUUUUCCACUCGGCACCACUCCGACAAAUUGACGACGAUCUUUCCGUGUUCACUGUUGGAGUCGAUGAUCUUUUCGUGUUCACUGUUGGAGUCGAUGAGUCCUGGAGGCACGUCGAGGUUCACCACCUCCCGACCAUGUCAGGCCAAUUUUCUUCGACAAGGCUCCCUUGACUAGUGAAGGUUUCGUGCACUGGGGAAAGGGGAGAUACUGCAUGACGUUGGAUGUGGAGACGGAGAUCAUUACACUGAGUGAAGCCCCUUAUGAGUACCAUGAACGCGACUAUAAAUAUCUGUCGACUGGGAGGUGUGUGUCGCUCCUGGUUGCGUGUGGGGAUCUGUCGUGGGAGGUUUGGGAGAUGAAGGCAGAGACGGGCGAGUGGAGGAAGGCGCUGCCCAACGUCGACUUGGGAGCUGAGAAAUGGAGGAUUCAACAGUUAGCUCCUGAAGAUGGUGCAGUUCUUGAACCACUUGGUUGGGUUAAAUAUCCACAUGUUUUAGCCUUCUAUUUUGCCGCCUUCUAUGGGAAGCAAUGCCGGCAUUGCAUUUUGUACAAUCUUGAUACGCAUCAACUCCACUCCAUAAAGCUACCGCAAAACUAUGCUAAAGCUUAUGCGGCUUUUCCGCAUAAGAAUAGUCUGAUGUGGUUAAGUUAAAAGAGUAUUAGAAUCGGUAUUGUUUAUCAUCACUUUGCAUGGACAGAUUAUGACCUCACAAUUGCUAUUCCAUUGCAAAUCAGCCUGUAUUAUGUUUGAGAA